AUGGACCAGUCUGCGAUCGAACUUGACAAUGCCAAUUCGGCAGCAUAUGAGGAUGACAGCCAUGGAAAGGAUGGCAGGCAUGGAUAUCUUUGUAGUGAUAAGACUGGAACUCUAACUAUUAACAAGGGUACUGUUGAAAUCAUUACGCCUGUUGAACUCAUCAAGAAGGGAGACAAGGUUGGAUCUUCCGAAGCUGCAUUGCUUGCCAAGUUAGGCAUUAGACCCUUUUCAUAUGGUCUUGUGGUCCUUUCUGUCUAUGACAAUGGCUCCGUGUUUAGCCCUGAGGUUCUUGAUCUUACUGAUGAUGACCUUGUUGCCAAGUUUGCUAUUGGUGUAUCAAUGGUUACAUCACUUUCAUUGGCCAUCUCAUACCCAACAUUGGCAGUUGCUCCACACAUGUUUGUGAAUGCCUACAAGAAUGUUCUUGCCAUUGUAGUGGCAACAGAAUAUUCCUACCCAGAGGCUGACGAGGUUAAGGAGUAUCUCAAGGAUCCAAGUAAGUUUGUUGUAGCUGCUGCUGCUCCUGCAAAUAUAACUUAUGAUGAACCUGCUGCUGCCAAGGAGGAGAAGAAGGAGGAGCCUGAAGAAGAAUCUUCUAAAGUAUCUCGCAUCUUGCACAUGGACUCCUUGAAAGGACAUCAUAAAGGUCUUGAGAAUGUUAUCCAAAUCUACCUGUGUGAAGAACAGAAAGAUCUCGUUAAACUUGUUGAUGCCAAACUCGGUCAAGAGUAUGAACUUGUUGUUACUACUUAUGCCGGACUAUACCGUUAUAGAAUUGGUGAUGUGCUAAAGAAAAACAUUGUAUUAAGCAUUGGUGUAGACAAAACCGACGAGGUUGAGCUUCAGAAUGCGAGGGUAGCUGAUUUUCUUGUGGUUUCUUCUCAUAAGGUGAUGGAGAAAUGA